UGUAUAAUUUCUUUUUUUUCUCAGGACGAUGUUGAUGAUAAUAAUAAUAAUACGUCUCUUGCGUUAUGGAUUCGGGCUUAGAUUUAUUGCUGGAGAUUUCCGAGAAGAAAAAAAAUCCAAACUUUUUACUCCGGCUUGCAGGCGGCACUGAGACUAAUAUUAAUGACGGCGAUAAGUCACGACGGUCACAUGAUUGCCGUGUGUACCGCGCCGUUGACAAAUCUGACCACUGUUCGAAUUCGUCUUCUCGCACACCAUGUCGACGCCAAAACAAAUACAAUACUACCGGAGAUCCACCUCGAACAGCGUCUAGACUUGUCGAAAUAAUAAAAACCGUAUCGUUCAAUAAAUAUUUCGAAUCGUUGAAACAGAAGGAGUUGGUGGUGAGGAAUGAAAAAGCACAUUAUUGACAUGUUGAGAUAUCUGCGGAAAAGUUGUUCAUUAACAUACAAUUAUGUAUAUCAGCGCACACGAGUUACCAACAAAGUAGUAAAAUAUAGACAGUACCUACACAUACGAUAACUGCUUAUCAGUAAGCCUGGUCAAGUAAAUGAUAAUUUUUAA